AUGAACCAUGACACCCCCACCCGGCUCAACCUCUCCGAGCUCCUGCGACACCCGGAAGACCUCGACAAGCUCCACGCCCUCAAAUCCGAAUUCACGCGCAAAAAGGCCGCCGUAGACGCCCAGCUCCGCCAUGGCCUGCAAUCCCAGCUCGCCAUCACCUCGGCAGGCAUGACCAGCCUCUCCGACGGCCAGCGCACCGUCAACCAGAUCAAGGACGAGAUGAUGAAGAUCGACAAGCUGUGCGCGGAGGCGCAGAACAUGAUCAGGGAAUUCCCGGACAUCAACCGGGUCAGCCAGAUUCAUCGGAACUUCGAGGCGGUGCUGAAGAUGAAGGGGGAUAUUGAGGGGUUUGAGGAGAGGUUGGGGGAGCUGGAGGGGUUAUUAAGGCUGGACGAUGAGGAGAUGGGCGAGGAUCGCAUGGGUGAUCAGCCGAAUCUGUUGGCGGUGCAUUAUGGCUUGACGCAGCUGAGGGAUGUUAGGGACGCGGCUAUGGACCAGGUCAAGAGCGCGGGCGGCAGGGAUGGAGAGGAGGCGCUCGAGUUGAUCAACAAUUUGAGGCUUGAGACGGGGCGGACGCUGCAGGAUUACUUUGGGAAGCUGGACGAGGUGAUUGAGUGGUUUGAUGAACACGUUGGUGAGGCCUGCACGCGGCUUAUAGACCAUGUGGUAAACGGAAACCAUGGGCUCGUGGUCCGGCUGGCUUUGGUCAUAGAAGAAGAGGAGAAGAGCGACAAGAAGGUGCAGGCGCUGCAGGACGCGCAGAAAGAGUUCAAGGACCUCGCCUCGAGGUUCAAAUCGAUUGCAGCUGGGCCGAAAGAGCGGAGAGGAUACAAGGAGAAGUUCUUGAAGGCCAUCGAGGCCAGCACAGCCGUACAGAUUGAACUCUCCAACGAGCGGUUCUUGGAUGACCCAGAGAAGCUCGAGAAGAGCGUGCGCUGGUACUUCAACGACCUCAACACCGUCAAGGUCGGCAUGGUCAGCCUCAUGCCACGCAAGUGGAGGAUCUUCAAGACGUAUGUUGGCAUCUACCAUAGACUCAUGCACGAUUGGCUCGUCUCCCGCAUCGACGACAAGGAUCUCACCCCAAUCCACACGCUCGCCAUCAUCCACUGGGAAGAGAAAUACUACACCAAGAUGCAGAAGCUCGAGGUUCCCCUCGACUGGCUUCAACCACAUCUCAUCGACGACCGUGGCCCAGAACUAGUCCGCGAGUACCGCCAACUCAUCGUCCGCGCAGUUGAAGAAUGGAUGGAGCGAAUGGACUCCGCGGACCGCCAAAGCUUCCUCACCCGCCCCGAAGGCGCUCUCGACACCGACGGCAGCGGCCACUUCCGCACCAAGACCAUGGCAGACAUGUGGAUCAUGCUGCGCGAGCAGUUGGCUGUAGCCUCCAACAGCCAACGCACCGACGUCGCCGAGGGGGUCAUCGACGCCAUGUUCCGCUCUCUCGGCUCGCGGCAGCGCAUGUGGGAGAGCCUGAUCGACGGCGAAUUGGCGCGCUUCUCUGCGCCAAACUCCGACACAGAAGGCGUGCAGCCGUUGCAAGACUGGCUCGUGGCCAUCGCGAACGACCAGAUCGCGUGCAUCGACGACGGCGACGAGAGCGCUGCCGCCGACCCCUCCUCCCCACAAAUCCUCAGCUACCUCUCCAAGUUCUCGCGCGACAUCACCCCCCUCGUCUCCGCCCAGUACAUCCCCACCGCGACUUCGCAGACCGACGCCCUCCGCGACGGCUACGUCGACCUCGGCACCCACAGCAUCAGCGUCUUCGCCGCGCUCGUCUUCGCCUGCGACUUCCGCUCCAUCCUCCCCGAGUUCUUCACCCCGGCCUGGUAUGCCGCGAACCGCAUGGGCCAGAUCUGCAGCACGUUCCGCGACUACCUGGACGACUACGCGGCGGUACUGCACCCGUCGCUGCACUCUGUGCUGGUGGAGGAGUUCAGCGACGCGCUGCUCGUUGCCUAUCUCUCUGCUGUGAAAAAUAAGGGCGCAAAGUUCCGGAGACAGGACCCGUUCACGGAGAAGAUCCGCGAGGAUGUGGUCGCGGUGUUUGGCUUUUUUGAGCGGUUCGAGGCGUUUGACGAGAUCAAGCGGAAGUGGCGGGCGGUGGAUGGGUUGGUCAAGUUGCUGGAGGCGGACAAGGGGGAGGUUGCUAAUGUAUUUGAGAGGGUGAGAGAGGAGUGGUGGGAUGUGGGGUUAGGUUGGGUGGAGGCGGUGCUUAGGGCUAGGGAUGACUUUGAGAGAGGUAUGCUGAGGGCUGUGAAGGAGAGGGCGGCGGCGAUGGAGGUCCAGAGGGGUCCAGAGACGAUCAUGGGGAAGGUGAGGGUGUAA